GCGGCCGCCAUGUUGUUUGUGUGUGGUGGGGGUGGUGAGGUUUCCUGUCACUCCUCUCUCAUUCUCUCUCCCCACUCUUCAUUCUCUCAUUCUCUUUUUUCUCAUUCUCUCCUCCUCUGUAUGUAAUGCGCUCUGUCACCAAUGCUCCCUGCGUUCCACUCUUCACGCCCUUGACUGACUCUGCUCUCUUCCCUCACUGCUCGCCGCCGACGUUCCGCCUCCUCCUCCUCCUCGGCGGCGGCGGCGGCAAAAGCCGCUCGCUCAGCAUCCCGGCCCCUGCCGCCGAUCGGUAGCUACCGCCGCACCUCGGCGCACGAGACGCUGGGCCCUCGCCUCUCGUGGAGACAGGAGGAGGAGGAGAGGAGGUGGUGAUGAUGAUGAUGGAGGCGGGAGGCGCGGGCCGCCAACGCGGCCUGCCCAAGCUCAAAGACGUGCUGCGCGGGCAGAGGAAGGACUCCGAGGGUUCACCUGAGUCUCCAGACCUGGAGUUUAACUACAGCGAUUCGGAUGAAUACGCAGCUGAGCUCUCUGAACUCUACAGCUACACAGAGGAGCCUGAAUUUGCCAUUAACAGGAAGUGCUUUGAAGAGGAAUUCAAAUCAAUCGGGGAGGGCGUGUGCUGGCAGGACGUGGGAGAUGAGGCGCGACGCUCCUGCAUUCUCAAGUUGCUUGAUGGGUUGGAAGUGACGAGCCGAGAGAAGCGGCUGAAGGUUACACGCGCCAUCCUCUACUUGGCCCAGGGAACGUUUGCGGAUUGCAGCAGCGAGGCAGAGGUAUUGAAGUGGGUGCGACAGAAUGUGUUCCUGUUGCAUGAAGUCGGAACGUUCAACGCUCUAGUGGAAUUAUUGAACAUGGAAACUGAUAACAGUCAAGCUCUGAGCAGUGCCUUGAGGAAACCGGCCAUCUCGCUGGCAGAUAGCACGGAGCUGCGCGUGCUGCUAAACAUAAUGAACAUCAUGGUGGAGACGCUGCGGAGAGAGGAGGAGGGAGAUCGCCCCGAGUGGACGAGAAUGCGUGACACCUUUCGACAAGACCUGGGCCUCCCCAUAUACAGAGAGGACCCUUUGGCAGCUAUCCUGUUUGGCAUGCUUACGCGGUUCUGCAGCGGUCACGCGCCGCACUUUCCCAUGAAGAAGGUUCUUCUCUUGCUGUGGAAGGUGGUGCUGCUGUCCCUCGGAGGCUUCGAGGAGCUGCAGAGCAGCAAGGUGCGGCGACGUGCCGAGCUGGCGCUGCCUGUGCUGCCCGAGGAUAGCCUGGCGGUGACGCGGGCCAUGCGCGCCGCCUCUCCCCCCGCGUCCGCCGCUGACAUCAUGGAGCAGCAGCAGCAGAAGCGAGCGCGCCGCCCCCGCAGGGGGCUGCUGAAGCAGGAUAGCCUCGACUCAUUCAAUGAGAAGGACCCGUACAAGGGUGAGGAGAACCGCGACGAGGACGAGGAUGGGGAUGAGGGGGAGGGGGGCUCGGAAAACGAGGGGGACCUCAUGGAGCGAGAGGACCUGCUCCCGUCCCACGCUCUGGCUUCUCAUUCGUCCAUCUCCCACCUGCACGUGCCCAAGGGCCUGCCCUGGGGGCCCAAAGUCAGGGAGAAGGACAUUGAGCACUUUCUGGAAGCGAGCCGGAGCAAGUUCAUCGGCUUCCAGCUGGGAGGGGACACGGAGACAGUGGUGGGACUGCCGCGGCCUAUCCACGAGAGUGUGCUCAUCCUGAAACAGCACAAGUACAUAUCGAUAGCUGAAGUGCAGAUCCAGCGGGAGGAGACGCUGCUCCGGAUGCCCGUGCUGCAGGGGGAAGAGGAUGUGGAGCAGACCCCAGCAGAAAUCCUCUACCAGGGGAUGCUCCCCAACCUCCCGCAGAACAUGAUAGCGUUGCUCAAAAUACUGCUGGCAGCAGCACCCACAUCCAAGGCCAAGACGGACUCCAUCAACAUCUUGGCAGACGUACUCCCAGAGGAAAUGCCGAUAACGGUUCUGCAAAGCAUGAAGCUGGGCAUAGACGUCAAUAGGCACAAAGAGAUUAUAGUCAAGGCCAUCUCAGGGCUGCUGCUGCUUCUGCUGAAACACUUUAAACUCAACCACAUUUACCAGUUUGAGUACAUGUCCCAGCACCUGGUGUUUGCAAACUGCAUACCUCUCAUCCUGAAGUUCUUCAACCAAAACAUCAUGUCUUACAUCGCAGCUAAAAACAGUAUCGUGGUGCUGGAUUACCCAUACUGCGUGGUGCAUGACCUCCCUGACCUGACAGCCGAGAGCCUGGAAGCCGGGGAUGAAACCCAGUUCUGCUGGAGGAAUCUCUUCUCAUGCAUAAACCUCCUCCGAAUCCUCAACAAGCUCACCAAGUGGAAACAUUCGCGCACCAUGAUGCUCGUGGUGUUUAAGUCGGCGCCCAUUCUCAAGCGCGCGCUCAAGGUGAAGCAGGCCACGAUGCAGCUCUACGUGCUCAAGCUGCUUAAGGUUCAGACCAAAUACCUCGGGCGGCAGUGGCGAAAGAGCAACAUGAAGACCAUGUCGGCUAUCUACCAGAAAGUACGGCACCGUCUCAACGACGACUGGGCCUUUGGAAACGACAUCGACGCGCGGCCCUGGGACUUCCAGGCAGAGGAGUGCGCUCUGCGGGCCAGCGUGGAGCGCUUCAACGCUCGCCGCUACAGCGGGGAGGCGGCCUGCUGCGACUACGCGCCGGUCGACAACUGCCUUCAGAGCCUCCUGGGCCGCUCCACGGAGCUGCCCUCGCACUUCUGCUGCAGCUACGAGACGUGGCUGCACAGGGAGGUCUUCUCUCAGCCUAUCCGCUGGGAAGAGCUCCUGAAGCCUUUGUAGGUGCGAGACAGGAAGACACGAGGAGCGUUUGCUUGAGGUGUGGAGUUAGACGGAAGGAAUGCAUGCGAGUGGUUGAGGGACUGACAAUAACGAUUACUUCUACACGUGCUCGGUUACCCAGGAAAGCCUCAAGACUCUUCUUUCAGGUAGCAGGGUCCUGCUACGUUUUAUCAAGAGGGAGUGACGGUUGCUAUGUAUUUUCCAGUUGAGUAAUUUGCAGUGUAAUGUUUUUUUUGGCACACAAUGACCUACUGUUUGAAUGACGUCAUCGGAUCUUUAAAGCCCACUGAGUGAAGCAGACCACGUGUAGUAUGUUGUGGUUAAUACACACCGCAGCAUCAACCAGGGAAGCCUGUUAGAUUCAAACUACGAACCUCUGCAAGAAGCAGCCUCUGGGCCAUGUUACUGCUCCACGUAGACACUCCGGGCUCUUAUUUAUUCAAAUGCACCACCAUUAUUCUUUCCUUGACAUUGUGACAUUACUAGCACAUAUUUGAGUUUUUUUUACCUAAGUUUGAAAAGUAAAGUACAACUUGCUACUUUUGUAUAUACUCCGAUAAAAGACAAAUGGACACUGGUUUUGUCGUGAUUAAACUUGACCCCAGCUUUGCCCUCACUGUAUGAUAUUGCAUCCUUUCACAACUCUAUGUUCUCAAGACAGAGCGUGGAAUUUUCCACCUUAUGCAUCAAGUUGAUCAAAUACCCUCGUUCUCCCCCACCGCCUCUCUCCUCCCAGCAGUAUAAAUGGGUACACUAGUCAUUUGGGAGGUCGUGUAUGGUGGGGUAAAGUGAGUUAUCCCAUCGCUUCCAACACGUAUGGUCAGCAUGGAAGAGCCAAACAUACCACUGAAGAGUUCGCUCUAGUGGAGGUGCUUCUGCCAGCAAUUGCAGGGAUGCACCUUUACCCAUUCAGGAGAUCAUCAUGGACGGCCUACACGUAGAGUUAGGCUUGCUUGCCCGCAUUUUGCGAAAGGCAAGUGGUAAUGGUGAUUGAAGCUUGUAAAGGAUCGCAUAAUUGCAGAGGACUUUACAUCUCAGUAACUGAUAUAGAUGGCAAUUCGUGCGUUUACCUAUGCUGCGAUUAAUGUAUUUAUAGACGCUAAUAGGAAAGCCAGGUGGCUUGGUGGUACAGCAAGCAGCUCGUGAGUUCAAAGUCUCGUUGGGGGGUUGACUUCGAACUUCAUCCCUGCAGAGUCGAUAAAAUGAGGACCACUUUAUGGGGAAGUCAGUGCCCUCUGGAAAGACUUGCCCCUGCCAUAUGAAUGCAGAAUUUCCAUCACUGGCUCAGGGCUGUAAACGUGAGAUGAGCUCCAAUGCCUCAGUGCUCAUUUGAGCAGGAUAUCACUUUCAGUCUGAAAUUAGGACAUUAAUCUGUACCCAACUUGUACCUAAUAUUGUUCUGUUAAUGUUGACAAUGUCUUAUGCACAGGUGCAAAUUUAUUUCAAUGCUGUAUCAUGAAGUUUGUGUUUGAAUAAAGCAUUUUAAAGUCAG